ACGUUCAGGAAAAGACACGAGAAAGAAGAAGAAAAAGAAGAGACGCAGGGUUGGAGUGGACAAAAGGGUUAGAACAUGGACUGUGAUGCAGAAAAGACAUUCCAGUCAUCAGCUGUUCCUUCACUGCAGACACACGGGGCUGAAGUUCUUACAGUUGGAUGGUGAACAGUAAAAUGCAGAAAAUGUGGAAUUAGGACACAAACUGAGGAGGAAACUACAUCUCCCAUGUUACACCGCGCGCAGGAAGUACGUCAUCAUCCACUGACCUUGCUGUCUUCAGUGGGUUUUCUAACCGGAGAAUCAGACGAGAAUGGCGAAUAAAGAGCCCGGUGGAUUUCUGCAGCAGCUGCGACAGAUCGCAGGCAGGAUGUCGUCCGGACCUCGCGGCGCUGGACUCGGACUAAAGCUGCUGAUCGGAGCUGGAGCUCUGGCGUACGGCGUGAAGGAGGCAACGUACACAGUGGAAGGAGGACAGAGGGCCAUCAUCUUCAACAGGAUCGGGGGGAUGCAGAUGGACACGGUGCUGGCUGAAGGACUCCACUUCAGGUUGCCGUGGUUCCAGUAUCCGAUCAUCUACGACAUCAGAGCCCGACCCCGGAAGAUCAGCUCUCUGACCGGCAGCAAAGACCUCCAGAUGGUGAACCUGACGCUGCGGGUGUUGUCCCGCCCCCUGGCGUCCAACCUGCCCACCCUCUACCAGCAUCUGGGCAUGGACUACGACGAGCGCGUCCUGCCGUCCAUCGUCAACGAGGUCCUGAAGAGCGUCGUGGCCAAGUUCAACGCCUCGCAGCUCAUCACGCAGAGAGCACAGGUAUCGCUGCUGAUCCGUAGAGAACUGUACGAACGCGCUAAGGACUUCAACAUCAUCCUGGACGACGUUGCCAUCACUGAGCUCAGCUUCAGCCGAGAGUACACGGCCGCCGUGGAGGCCAAGCAAGUGGCCCAGCAGGAGGCGCAGCGGGCUCAGUUCUAUGUGGAAAAGGCCAAACAGGACCAGAGACAGAAGAUCAUCCAGGCUGAAGGGGAGGCUCAGGCUGCCAAGAUGCUGGGCGAGGCCGUGACCAAAAACCCCGGUUACCUGAAACUGAGGAAGAUCCGAGCAGCACAGAACAUCGCCAAGACGGUGGCGCUGUCCCAGAAUAAGGUUUACCUGAACGCCGACAGCCUGGUCCUCAACCUGCAGGACAGUGACGGAUUCAAUUUGUCGCUGCCGAAUUCCUCCUCAGAAACUCUUCCAGUCUCGUCGUAACUUGUCUUUGUGGACCUCGACGCCUGCCGACCCCGGCCUGGUUCUGGUUCUGAUCUGAUUUCUCCUCAGUCACACAGCGCAGGAAGUGGACAUGUGGUUUUAUUUUGAAAGGGUUCUGGUUCUGCUGGAGUCUCCUGUUAAACUACAGCUGCCGUUUCCUGUCAGGUCACUCAUCCAAACCUUUAAUGUUUCAUGAACUGCCUUAAAGUUUCGUAAACCAGACUCACAGCAGAACCAGAGGAACUCUUAAGGGUUUUUUUUCUAAACCACCGUCAGUACACAGAAACAAACACUAGGGGGUGGAAAUGUGUCCAAGAGGAGAACGAUACCGAGUCAUUUCCUCCUGAUUCUACAUGGACUGUGUUUGUAAAAGUGAUUUUCACUGAAUCUGAUGCUUUUGUCUUCAACUAAUGGUGAAAAUGUCUGUUACGCAUUUGCAUGUCGGUCAUUUCUGAAAUCUCCUGUUUGGUG